GAAUAUGUAACGUGUGAGAGAUGAGAGGGCGUAGAGGUGGGGUAUAUGGUCGGCUGUUGGAACUGCGUAUGGAUGUUGGAGUGGCAGAUGCUUGAUAUCCUUUAGACUGACAAUGAUGACCGGAACUAGGAGUCCAAGUGAAUAUGACGAUCAAGUCGAGCAGAGGUGUUGUUGUUUUGAUAUCCAAGAUGAAGAGCCGGGAAAGGCGGGCGUCGGCUUGCUGUCGAUCCUUUCAAGUAACGGGAGGCGGAGGCGAAAAGGCUGGACUGGACUUGACUCUGAGACCACACACGGAAGGCUUUCACUUUGUCUGAGUGUGAGUGGAGAGAUAUGUGUGUGUGUAUAUGUGUAUGUGUGUGUGGUAGGCGUCACGUAUAUGUAGCCAGCUUAGGAUCGGUCAGGUUUGGGGAUUCGCGUGGCUUACUGGCAGAAGUGAAUCGGAAUGGAAUAGAGGGGGGGGGAGGGGGGUAUAGUGUGCAUAGAUACGUAGAGGGUCUUUGUCCAAGCGUUGCUUCUGAUGUG